AUGAAACUUGAUUACGUAUUGGCUUUGAAAAUUGAAGAUUUCUUGGAAAGAAGAUUACAAACCCAAGUCUAUAAAUCUGGUUUGGCCAAAUCUAUUCAUCAUGCGCGUGUCCUGAUAAGACAGCGUCAUAUUCGUGUUGGAAAACAAAUUGUCAAUAUUCCCAGUUUUAUCGUCAGGCUUGAAUCUCAAAAACACAUUGAUUUUGCACUCACUUCACCUUAUGGUGGUGGACGUCCUGGUCGUGUAAAGAGAAAACGAUUACGAUCAGCAUCAAAAACUAAUGAUGAGGAAGGAGAAGAUGACGACGAAUAA